GGCCCCCGCCGGUGUCAGUCAGCCCGCUUCCUGCUUCACAGUAUGGUUUGUUAUUGCAGCGAAGCUCCUUUAAAUGUGAGGGGAAAUGUUGACGGUCGGAGCCCAUGAAGUUGAAAAAUGAAGGGGUUAAUUCGACUGUGAACCAGCCACACUUCACACACACGUAAGAUGUCAGGGGCCCAUGAGCAGAUCAGGAAGCGCCGCCCCCCCAAAACGUUCUUGAUCUCGACCGACAUAAAGGUGCGCGACCAGCUGGAAGGUACCAUUUCGCUACAGCGGGGGUUCAUCUGCCAGGAGCAAGAUUUGGAUAGAAAAGGGGACAGCCCCUGGGUUAAGGUGUUGGACAAUGACUUCAUGGGAAAAAUAGAAAGGAGAGUCUUAAUUGAUGUCCCAACUGACCUCACUGGCUUGCUGGAGGCUGUUAGAGAUCCAGAGGCUCGACUAAAACUUCUAAACCAGCCUGGGAAGCUGCAGCAGUUGGCUUCUCUGCCGUCUGACUCCCCGCUGUGGGUCCAAAUAGGUCAGCAGGAUGAGCUGGCAGAGGCAGAGCUGAAGUACAUCGGGCCCUUAACCAGAGGAAGCAGCGCUGUGUAUUUUGGGGUCCAACUCAAGGGCUCAGCGGUGGGUAGGGGAAAAAGCAACGGCACUUACAAAGGCCAGAGGUUAUUCACCUGCCCCGAAGCUUGCGCCCUCUUCGUCCCGGCCAGUCACAUCAGGCCCCGCCAGUGGUCCAGCAGCUCCGAGGGACACCAGCGACCCCGUGAGCGAGAACACCGCAGCAGCAAUGGUCACCAUAGCAGCAAUGGCCGCCCAAACCAUUUUCAGCUGCCGCCCCAGCAGCAGCAGCACCAGCACAGUCGUCACAUUAGUUUCCACCAGCAUCCACCCAACAGCUCUUCUCAGGUGUCCCCCUUUAGCAUCCUUCCACGAACUGCAGACUCAGCACCCAUCACAGCUCAAAACCAUGUCCGAGGCCCUGCAUCACCCCCGCUGUUUCGCCCUGGUCAGCGUGUGUGUUUCCCCCUGGAUGACAAAGUCUGUGCAGGGGAAGUGGUGUUCUGUGGGCCCCUGCCAGGCCGGGCCUCAUCAGGAAUGUACGUGGGAGCCAUUCUGGACACUCCUGAUGGUAGCUGGGACGGGACUUACAAGGGAGAGAAGCUCUGCCACAUUCCUUCAGUCCUUUAUGGAGCGCUGGUGUCAGUCAACAAGGUUUCCUUAGAACCAAAGUCCCAUCGAACCAACCCCACUCAGAAAUCUUCCAGAACCGUCCUGAAGGUGGCACUCCCCCCAGUUACUAAAUCAGUCCCUGUAUCGCCGCCUGCCUCUGCACCAAAGAUAGCCCUGAUGCCCCCAAUCAAACCAGCACUUAAAUCUCCCCCUCUGCCUCUGCCAAAACCCGCCCAGAAACCCGGGCUUCCUCCCCCUCCUCCUCUACCCCCUCCCAAACCGCAAGGCCUGAUAGCCGGCCAGCAGCAGCACACCAAUGGUACUCACGGACCCGCCUCACCGCUGACGGCUCCGGGUAACGGUGACGACGCAGCAGAGAAUGGAGAGGCAGGAUCGGGCAGCAAUCUGGAGGUCGGGUCGAUGGUUGAAGUGAAUGAUCCGCCGCUGUUUGGAGUUAUCCGCUGGAUUGGAUGGAUAAACGGGAUUUCAGAGCCAGUGGCAGGAAUCGAACUGGAACAGGAGCUGUCUGCUGGAACGGAUGGCAGUUACCUCGGGGAGCGUCACUUUCGUUGCCCGGCCAACAAGGGGCUUUUCGUAAAGCUUCGCAACUGUAGACGGGACUCCAGAUUCCCCGCCCCCGAGAUGCCUGUCAAUCAAGUGGAGCGAUGCAACUCUAUAGCCUUUGCAGAGUGGGGCAGUGAGCGCGUGGAGGAGCACACUCCUCCUGUGGAGGGGGAUGAGGCCCGGGAGCUCUACCAGGGCUGGAAGAAAGGCAUCCAGGGUCACCUCAACUCCUGCUACCUGGAUGCCACGCUGUUCAGUCUGUUUUCCUGCUGCAGUUCAGCUGACUGUGUGUUAUUCUGGCCCACCGACCCUAAAACCGACCAGAGCUCCAGUCAGGCUCAGGACCUUCUACGCUGCGACAUUGUCAACCCACUGCGGAGGUACGGCUAUGUGUGUGCCAGUAAGACAAUGGCGUUGAGGCGACUGCUGGAAGCUGCGAACAGUGAUAUGGGCUUCACCAACCAGGAGAAAGAUCCUGAAGAAUUUCUCAACAAGCUUUUCCAGCUUCUCCGAGUCGAGCCGCUUCUCAAGAUCAGAUCGAUGUCUCAGCAGCCACAGGAGUGUCACCUCUAUCAGCUCUUCCCUCCUGCCCUUACCCCCUCUCCUUCCUCGCCCGAGGCUCUCUCCCCAGUCAACUCCCCGAUCCCCCUCUCCUCAGCGUCAUCCAUGAGGGUCGCCAGCGUCCAGACCCUGCUGGAGUCCUCCUUUCUCCACUCCGGCCUCAAGUUUGUUGAGGCUCCCUCUUGCCUCUUGCUGCUCAUGCCGAGGUUCGGGAAAGACUUCAAAAUGUUUGACGCCAUCUUGCCGACCCUCAGCCUGGACAUCACAGACCUGCUGGAUGACACUCUGAGGCAGUGUACUAUCUGUCAGGCUGUAGCCGAGUGGGAGUGUCUGCAGUGUUACGAUGAUGUAGACAUCACUCCUGGACAUCUGAAACAGUACUGCAAGACCUGCAACGUUCAGGUCCACAGUCACAGGAAACGAGCGUCCCACAGCCCGGUGAAGAUUGGCGUCCCCGGGGAACAGUGGACAGGCCCCCUGCACUGCACGCGACAGCGAAUGUCUCUCUUCGCUGUGACGUGCAUCGAGACCAGCCAUUACGUGAGCUUCGUCAAGAACGGGCCCCUCGACACUGACUGGCUGUUUUUCGACAGCAUGGCGGAUCGGGAAGGUGGAGAGAAUGGCUUCAACAUCCCCCAAGUGAAGGCUUGUCCCGAGGUGGGCCGCUACCUGAGCUUGUCAGAGGAGGAGCUGAGCAGAGUGGACCCCAGCUCCUUGAGGGAGGCUGCGCGUCGCCUGCUCUGCGACUCGUACAUGUGCCUGUACCACAGCCCCGAGCUCAGCCUGUACAAGUGACACGGACACUCAGCACAGACGUGCAGACUGAAGUGGACGUGUUGUCCUCAGGUUCUUCCCUUCGCACAGCUGUCUGAAUAAAACGUUGCACUUCAGAAUAUCAGGUGUAACAUGAAAUCUGCCUUAUUCUCACCAUGACCAGCAUUUUUUUUUAUUACUCCCUCCUGUGAAGUGGGGUUAGAGACUGAAGUUCCCAGUGAGACGGGAAUGUUGAAGUGCAGCUUCUUUUCUUUGUGGGUAAUGUUAGACACACAAACUGGCCUUCAUGUACAGACCCAGGAGGUUUUUUGUAACAGAAACUUUGCUCAUCACCCGGAACACUCUCCAGAAUUGGCUGCCCGCAGCUUCACACACUCAGAGAUGUAAAAAUAGCAGAUGUAGCAGCAAGAGUCCAAAGGUUUUUAAGAAGAUGGUGUAAAACAGCAAAGGUUAAGCUGGUUGACGUUUGUUUUACAUCUGUAGGUUUGUUAUUGGGGCUAAUUUUUUGGGUCAUCCAUGUUUAAAACUGCUUAAGUGCCAAAGUGCUGCAGAUUUAUGGCACGGCCUUAAUGUUCACAUCUUCUGUAUAUCAGGAGUUGCAGUUUGUCUACAAACAAGAUGCACUUUAAACUCUUUCGUGAAGUGUUGCCCAGUAAAGGACGACGAGUGGUGAGGGUCUGAGAAUAAACCACCGUCCAUCCAGAAAACAGUCAGCCAUACUUCCACACUUCUACUGUGCCUGUUGAACAAAGAGCCUUAUGUUUAGGUAAAGAGCUGUGUACACUUGCCAACCUGCUGGUGAGCUUACCUGUGCCUUAAUGAUGCUCUCACACUGUAUGAAACCACUGUGCCUGUAACAUGUAACACUUGUACUCUGCACAGUUCAGUUUGCACUGCUUUAUUUACACGUCAGUUCAUUUGUAUAUAAUAGCAUUCCCUGUAACUGACAGCACAGAUUGCACAUUGAUGUUUAAACUGUUAGAUUGCUUACAGGUUCUUUAAUGCAAUCCAGCUACACGCAAUGAGAAUAAAGAUUUGAUAUUGUUCCUA